UCUCUCUCUCUCUCUCUAAAUUCUUCUUCUUCUUCUUCAAACCAACCAACAAUCGUCGUCUUCCUCGCUCAUCAGACUGAAACAACAAUGGAGUUAGCGAUUUCAAGCUCUAAACUGUUCUGCGUUUUCGCAUUUGGAUUCCUCGCUCUCAAUAUUUUCACGGAUUAUGGAUCCAACGCUCAGCAGAUUCCAGAUGAUGAAGUGAGAGCUCUGCAAGCGAUAUCACUGAAAAUGGACUUGAAUUGGAAGGUGAAGCCAAGCUCUUGUAUGGAUGGAGGCUUCAAAAAUCAGAGCAUUGUAGGAGACGACAUUAUUAGGAAUGUUACCUGCAAUUGCACUUUCUCCACCGGAAAAGUUUGCCAUGUUACACAUAUCCAGCUAAAGGGUCUUAAUCUAUCCGGAGUUAUACCAAGUGAAUUUGGUAAUCUUACCCAACUGCAAGAACUUGAUUUGACUCGCAACUAUCUGAAUGGCUCAAUCCCAAAGAGCUUUGCUAAACUUCCUCUUGUUAUAUUAUCCCUUUUGGCCAAUCAACUCAGUGGUCCAAUUCCAAAGGAAAUUGGUGAUAUUUCAACUUUGGAGGAGCUUGUGUUGGAAGAUAAUCUGUUGGAAGGAACUCUUCCUUCAAGUCUUGGAAAAUUGAAGCAAUUACGCAGACUGCUUUUUUCUGCAAAUAAUUUCUCAGGGAUGAUACCUGAAAGUUUUGGCAAUCUAAAGAAACUAGAAGAUUUCAGGUUAGAUGGAAACAACAUGUCAGGAAAAUUACCCAGUUUUAUUGGCAACUGGACCAAUCUUGAUAGAUUAGAUUUGCAGGGAACAUCCAUGGAAGGCCCAAUUCCUCCAACCAUAGCUUUGUUAACAAAUUUGACUCAGCUGAGGAUAUCUGAUUUGAAUGGACAGCCAACAAUGAAAUUCCCUGAUAUAAAGAAUUUGAAAUCCUUGAAGCAAUUGGUGUUGAGAAAUUGCUCAAUCACUGGUUCCAUUCCAGAUAACAUUGGUCAACUGGAAGACUUAGUUACCCUAGAUUUGAGCUUCAACAAGUUGACUGGUGGGAUCCCAGAUGAAAUAGAACACUUGAAAAGACUAGAUUACAUGUUUUUGACUCAAAAUUCUUUGAGCGGAGAAAUUCCAGGAUGGAUACUAAAAAAUAAAAACAACUUGGAUUUAUCAUACAACAAUUUUUCAAAGACUUCUGCUAAGAUUUGCCAGUCCAAGGAUGUAAACUUGGCUUCGAGCCUCUCAUCUUCAGCAGGGACCUCAGUUACUUGCCUGAAAAAGGACCUUCCUUGUGGAGGAAAACCCAAGUAUCAUUCAUUGUUCAUAAACUGUGGAGGAUCAGAAAUGGAUGAUGAUCAGGGGAAUAAAUAUGACAGUGACCUUAGUCCGGAGGGUAUCUCAUCCUUUAGUUCUUCUGAAGACAAAUGGGCUUAUAGUAGCACAGGAACAUACUUGGGAAAUGCAAAAGCUGAUUACAUUGCCAGAAAUACAUUUUCUUUGAACAUUACAGGUCCAAGCUUCUACCAAACAGCUCGCCUUUCCCCUUUGUCCCUCAAGUAUCAUGGCCUGUGUUUGCUUAAUGGAAACUACAAUGUCAAACUUCACUUUGCUGAGAUUAUGUAUCCUAAUGACCAAACAUUUAGUAGCCUCGGGAGGCGCAUAUUUGAUGUCUCAAUUCAAGGCAGGAAAUAUUUGAGUGAUUUUAACAUUAUGGAGAAAGCUGGUGGCGCUGGUAAAGGCAUUUUCAGGGAUUUCAAUGUUGAUGUGAAAGAUAACACAUUGGAGAUCCAUUUUUACUGGGCAGGGAAAGGAACUACAGCUGUUCCUGAUAGAGGUGUAUAUGGACCUCUUAUAUCAGCUAUUUUAGUAACCCCAAACUUUGAUGUUCCUUCAGAAGGGCUUUCUGCUGGAGCCAUUGCUGGAAUUGUCGCCGGAUCAUGUGUGUUCCUCGUACUAAUAUUGCUUGUCCUUCGAAAGACGGGUUUCUUAGGGGGGAAAGAUCCAAAAGACAAAGAACUAUUAGAUCUAAAAACAGGUUAUUUCUCUUUAAAACAAAUCAAAGCUGCCACUGAUAACUUUGCCCCAGAAAAUAAGAUCGGUGAAGGAGGUUUCGGACCAGUGUACAAGGGUUCACUUUCAGAUGGUUCUGUCAUAGCUGUGAAGCAACUCUCCUCCAAAUCAAAGCAAGGAAAUCGUGAAUUUGUUAAUGAAAUUGGAAUGAUUUCUGCUUUGCAACAUCCAAAUCUUGUGAAGCUUUAUGGCUGCUGCAUUGAAGGGAACCAGUUGUUGUUGAUAUAUGAGUAUAUGGAGAAUAAUAGCCUUGCUCGUGCUCUUUUUGGUCGCCCAGAGCAAAAAUUACACUUGGAUUGGCCUACAAGAAUGAAAAUUUGUGUAGGGAUAGCAAGAGGUUUAGCUUAUCUUCAUGAGGAAUCAAGGUUGAAAAUUGUACAUAGAGAUAUCAAGGCAACAAAUGUCUUACUUGAUAAGGAUUUGAAUGCUAAGAUCUCUGACUUUGGUUUGGCCAAGCUUGAUGAAGAAGAAAAUACUCAUAUCAGCACAAGAAUAGCAGGAACGAUUGGUUAUAUGGCUCCCGAAUAUGCAAUGCGAGGCUACUUGACUGACAAAGCAGAUGUUUAUAGCUUUGGAGUUGUUGCUUUAGAGAUUGUGAGUGGAAAAAACAACACAAAUUACAGGCCAAAAGAGGAGUUUGUUUAUCUUCUUGAUUGGGCCUAUGUUCUUGAAGAGCAAGGAAAUCUUCUUGAGUUGGUGGAUCCAAGUCUUGGUUCAAGCUAUUCCUCUCAGGAAGCCAUGAGAAUGCUAGAGUUGGCACUCUUGUGUACAAAUCCAUCUCCAACUCUCAGACCACCCAUGUCCUCCGUUGUUAGCAUGCUUGAAGGAAAAUCGCCGAUCCAAGCACCGGUAAUCAAGCGCCUGGAGGGGAAACAAGAUGCAAGAUUCAAAGCCUUCGAGAAGCUAUCACAAGACAGCCAUAGCCAAACCUUUGUUUCUUCUGAAUUCUCACAGGAAAGCAUGGAGCAGAGAGUUCAGUCAAUGGGCCCAUGGGUUGAUUCCUCUGUUUCUCUUCCAAGUAAAGAUUGCACUUCAUCUGAUAAUCUUCUUAGGAAUUCUAAUGUGUAAUCUGUUCAAAAGAUGGUCUGAAAAACUUGUAAGGGAGUAGAUAUUGGAAGAGCGAUAGAUAAGCACGCAAAUGGAAAGUCAAAAAGAAAUUUUCAGUGUAAAGAAGAAUUUUUUCAUGUAUGAGUUACUCUAUCAUUUUCCUCAUCAGAAAUACUAAGAGCAUGUUUGGUAAGCUGAAAAUUUGGUGAGGGAAAUGAAAAUUUAUGACUUUCCAUA